AUGAAGCAGAAAGACCAGGAAAACCAGCCCACUCCAGUGCUGAAUGAAUACCUGACAGGGGAGCUCCAGAGCUGCGUGGAGGAUGCCCUGCGGUCCUGCUGGGAAGAUUCUGGCGACGCCAAGGCCCUUUGGGUCAACGCAGAAAUGGCUCGAGGGAUUCAGCUGCUGGACGACCAGAAGGCGGAUGAAGCAGUGCAAGCCUUUACGCGUGUCACGGAGCUGGUCCCCAACUUCGCUGAGGGCUGGCACAAGCGGUCGAUUGCCUACUAUGCCAAGCAGGAAUUCAAGAAGGCGAUAGAGGACUGCAAGAAGGCGCUGGAGCUGAAUCCGCGGCACUACUGGUGCCUGACAGGCAUGGGCAGUUGCCAUUACGAGCUCGACCAGAAGCAGGCAGCCCGAGAAUGCUGGCAGGCAGCGCUCGAGAUUUUCCCGGACAUGCCAGGGGCGCGGGCAAAAAUCGACGAAGCCGAGCUAAAAGACAUCAUGGAUGAGCAUUUGAGGCCGGUCAUUGACCGCUUCGUGGAUGGCUUCCAGCAUGAAAGCCCGGAGCCUGCUAUGGCGCUUUCUGGGGCUAGCCAUUGGGAUGUUCACCGGAUAAAGAUGGACCGGGAAAACUUCCCAGACGUUUGGGCCUACUUCUUCCGCGUCUCUGUACGCCGGCCGUCCCAGGGCGAGGGCGAGGUGAGGAGCCGGGCGCGGUUCUAUGUGCUGCGCGGGCAGGAUGGCAAGGUCUUUCCCUUCACUCGCCCCACAAUUGGCGAAUCGAGCUUCUCGCUGAAUGCAGGAGAUGAGUACAAGUUCUGCUGGUGUCUGCUGACUGGGCGAGAGCUUCAACGAGCUGCGGCCGGAAUGCUGCUGGAAGGUUCGGCAGAUGGACAGCCAGAGUUCCACAGUGAGGAGCUUCCUGUCCUCUUCCCCAUGGGGGCUCCUGAGAUCGAUCCAUCCGAAGCAGCUACCCUCGGCGACGGCUAUACCUUCACCGGGCACCUGGACCUGCGGGCAGUGGCUGGCUUCUAG